AUGUCACGCACUAUCAUGCUUGCACACACUCGCCAUUCAAGUAGGGGACGGAUUAACCGCAUACGGACAGCGGGCACAUUAUCCAACAGACGAGGUCUGCGUGUUCUUUUUGCCAAGAUUUCCAUUGUGGAAAGAAUCGCUGGGACUACCUCUAUAAGCCCACUGCACAUGAAGCCCAGCAUCCCCAAACAACAAAGAAGUUUAACGAAUCUGGCUGCGCACGCAGGAAGGGCACACCAAUGCAAGGUCCUGCAAGCACUGAGCAUUGGCAAGCAUGCACAAAACCCGCUGUGUGCAGCCAUGGCUCCGCGCCAUUGGCCAAGUGCACUGGCGAUGUCGCUCAGGUGCAUCACGCACCUUUUCCAAACCACACGCAACGGCGACUAG